AUGACCAAUGGAAGAAAAUUGAGGUCGAAAGAUGAAUUGAAAAAGAAUACAGAUAAAGCAUUGUUCAAUUUUGAAAACAUAAACAAACUUAUUCAUAGAGAUCAAUCGAUUAAGAUAAUUGGCAAAACAUCCAACAAUAGCCUAUACAGAUAUUACGGCGAACAUGAAACCUCCAUACCAAUCAAUAUUAAUAAGAUUAGGGACAUAGAGUCAUGUAAUAAUAUUUCCCACAGAAAAUCAAAACAAAAAGUAGAUAUACUUGAAGAUAGCAUUUAUGAAAUAUUUCACAAGAAGAUGAAAAAAGAAGAACGGACCAUGGUAAACAUAGAUAGAAGCCGAAUAUUUUCUGAAGUCGAUAAUUUAUAUUUGCUGUUGCAAUCAUUGAAUCAAUACGAUUGGAUUAGGCAUUUACCAAGUAUCACACAUAUAAAUGAUAUUAGAGAUUAUGAUGAAUUGGAAAGCAAAAAGGAUCUAACGAUCAAAGAAAUACAAAGAAUUAUUAACAAGUUUGAAAACUGGAAGAGGAGACAAGAUAAAUUGAUUAGCGAUAUUAAAAAGUAUGACACUAUUCGUGAUGAUUCAGACCACGAACAAGACUUUCACUUGCCCAUGGAAUACUUGAAACAAAAGAGAUUAAAGCAACGACGCAUGCAAGCUGGACCCAUUAUUAAAUUAAACCUUCGUAAUGGGUAUGCUCUAGUCAUUGAGCCAUUUGCAAAUCCUAGAAUCGUAAAGAUCGAAGAUAAACCAAAGCAUCAAGAUACAAUGAGAAAGUUGAAAGGAACCAAUUCACUUAGGCUCAAUAAUAAUUCGAAACAUUCUUUUCGAAAGAAGGGUGUGGAUGCAUCUACAGAAUUAAAUGAAUUGAAUUUUCAAUAUGAUGAACAGAAGAAUAUAGCUUUUGGCAAGCCGUUUCCAAAUAUAAAACAGGCACAAAGCUUUUCCUUAAAUUCAGAAUGGAGAUUACGUGCAAAUGAAUGGAAAAACGGAAGGGAGAAGUUACGAAAAAAAUUACGGAAAUUAAAUAAUUAA